AUGGCCCACGUCAAUCGCCAGUCACUGUCGAAGAAUGAGGAGAUGGCAGGGAUUCCGAGACAAGAAAAACCAACAUUUUAUUUGUCAGAGACCUACAAUCCCUCCCUACCUUCAGUUGAAAUUGAUGAACCGGCGAUUUUGGGCCCAGACAUCUUUAAGUUGGACCUCCGGGAGUGAGUUGGUUGUGGCUGCUGUGUUUCGAAACUGUUUUGAACCAAUUAUCGUAGUCGUGUUUCAGGAUCACCUCGAUGGCAGUUUUAAGCCAACACACCCCCAUAAUGGUCACACAUGGACGUCUGAUAAGCCUAAGACUCGCCAGGCGGUUACUUUUGUAUAGCCCACUCAAGAGCAUCACCAGAAGUCAGAUAUGGGAGAAAGUUUCAAGGAGUAGGUAUACUGAAACAGAGUUUUCGUGCUUUUCAAACAGUGACGCUGUGUGCAAAAUCAGUUUGCCUGGCAAACGACAUCAGGAGUAGAAGGGAUGAGGAUCUGUAGUGAAGCGAUUGAACGCCUUAAAAGUUGACAGCCCAGUCAUUUAGAGAAGUUGAGUACAGUUACGCAUUAUGAACAGGAUCCGUCGAAUUAGUUAUCGGCGAAGGGGCCCAGUGUGCUGGCGUUAGAAGCUUUCUGUUUUUAACCGAGCAGGCCCGCAUCAGACUUGCGUGAACGUCACCAACCUGACUACGGAAGACAACCUAAAUGCGACCCCUGCUGCUGAACUUUAAACAUUGCAGGAGGACGUUGGAAUUUAGGAAGAGGCAUUAUGCAGGUGUGAUCAUGGCAUGUGGAUCUACAAGAAUACAGGUUGUGCACGGGAACAUGCAUCCCCCGUAUCCCAGGUGACCUUGUGCUGAAUGACAGGAUUAGGAUUGAACUUGGGCCACGGGAAUAGGUGCUCCUUGGAAUUCAGCAUAAGGUCCAACCUUGCUUGCAACCUAUCCCACAUUCACAAAGGCUAGCCUAUUGUCGCGUGAAGCUACACUUUUUGGUUUGAUUGUAAUCGACUAUACGAGCUAAAUUAACUGUAGCUACUAAAAAUCCUACGGUUAACUAACUUUUGCAUCAUUGCUCGUCCGUUGCACCCCGUCCUCCAGGCGAGAUGGGCUGCACCUGUUUUCUCUUCUCUUUGAGAAUUUUGUAUUCCACAGUUAAAUCGAUGUACCCGGUAACGCAUGUCUCAUCUGAGUGUAUUGUCUGUCAGAAUUCUGAGUCUUUAUGUGCUGGAUGUUAAGGGACCUCGAUAACAGUAUGAAACGUUCUCUUCCCGUUUCCCCUUCCUCAAGCUCCAGCUCGCCUCCUGCCGCUGUAGAUGUGAUCUUCGUCAACGGCAUGCUAGGCAGUGUGUUCCACACCUGGCGCCAGCACGACCUGGCGGGAAGUAAGAGCGAACUGCCCGCAUCGACUGUUUCUGUGCCUUCAACCGGUGAACGGGUUAACUGUUGGCCACGCGUAAGUAGCCCAUUGCUACUGUCGCUUUCGCUUCGCCUUUUUUUACACGGUGCCUUUUCUCAGCGCAUGUUAUACCUGUCCUGUAGCAUUUGCAGUUCUUCUUGGAGAAAAUCAUGUGUGUUCCCUGUUGCCUGCUCUUCUAUUACUUUUACCCAAUUCAGCAGUUGGUCUGUCGCAAACAGCGAGGGCCACCACUACCACGGCGGCGGCGUUCUGACAACUUAUGUCUGAACUGGGUUUCACACCUAUUUUAUUCCUUUCUGGGUGUGGGCGCAGGGGCUGGUAAAACUAAAUCGCCCUCCACACAUAUUCUGGUUCUUGCAUGCUUCUAAUAGGCCAUGCUUCGAAUAGGGUUGAGGAUCUGUCAAUGACGUGAGUUGUCAUGAAAACCACCCCAAGAAGGCAGCAUUGCAGCCUGACCCUCAGCCUGAACAAGGGCGGAGCUACCCGUUUUUUUGCAGUCCUUCAAGCCGCGCCUCUUAGCUCCUUAUGAUAGUUAACCAUGUGAGGAGGGACGACAGAGAAUGUGGGUAGAUUACUGCAGUACUGUUUCGGGCUGAUUGUGCCUUCAUUCAACCAAUCAUAACCCUGACCAAUAGCUGGGACCAGAAACACAAACGUGCACACAGACGCAUCUGGCGCAGUUGAUCCACCACUGGGGUCCACCAGAUGGGUCAUGAGCCCUUUAUCGAACCAGUGCCUCGCCACCUGCCAUUGUCUGUCACUGUUAUUAUGACUUGGCCGACUUCAGCCUGGUAAUUGGUUGCCUUUUCGUGACCUUUGCCACCUAUACGGAGCUUGUUUGCUUUGUGAAGCCAAUAGAUCGGUGUGCGCGCAUUCCUGAUUGAGUUAACCAUGUCUUAGAUUGUUUGGGUGGAAAAAUAAUCGUUGGAUUCCUCACUCUUGAUCACACUCCCUUAUCUCCGAUUUACCAGUGGCCAGUCUUGCUAAACCCUAGUGGAUUGGGCGCAGUUGCUGGUGUAAGGUAAAACCUCUCUACUUGCAUUCAGUAUACUGGUUGUAGGUGAUCAUUUAGCCACUCUUGUCCGUUUAAUGUAGUCUAACAGCGGCCACAUUUUCCGGUCUAAAUAAACAACUUUCUCUAAAGUGGCAAUCAUAUGAGAAACGCCUUGUUCCUUUAAGUCGAUGUGUUGCUCUCAACCAAAAGUUUUGUUUCUCCGGCAACUCUAAGUUUACACUGGUAACUGCCAUGGUAUUCGGUUGUUUCUAGCGCACCGUCUGGGUGCCAAAUUGUAGAACCACUCAGCAAAGUGCGACUUAUAAAUUGUUCCAUGUUGGACGACGACCUUUUACUAUGUCGGUCGGCGGUCCAAGGACCGACAGUAUGCAGGCAUGAGUUUAACUCUCGUUUUUUCGUAGACGACUGUCUGUGGGAUCGACCCCUUAGCGAAUUUACUUAUGGUGCAAAUUAUAGUGAUGAUCCAUCUACCUUCCUGACUACGCCUUUAAUUGUGAUAUAGAUCGUUUUUGUUCGGUGUACCUCUUAUGAAGUUAAGAAUACACAAGAAAACGGAUUUCGAAAAUGAGAGAGUUGCGAGGUUUUAAUACCCAAUCUGAACAAUCUGUUCAAAAUCAUAUUCCACUGACUUCAGUCGGAAUAGAGUGAGUCAUGGAAUUUUGAGACUCUCAGUGGCGUUAUCCAACUAUGGGGAGUUGUUAAAUCAAGACGUGAAACGGCGUGUCUGAUGAUUUCGCCAUCCAAGUGAACAACGUACUAAAUAAUACAGUUCUGGCCAGGCUCCCGAUUACUUCUGCGUCUGACUUUCUUUCCGCAUUUCCCAGGUGUUUAAGCGGGAAUGGGGAGCAUUUUACGACUGUUUCUGUGAACCGACGGAACCGAACAGAUCUAACCGCUCACCGACGAACAGUGGCUUGGUAGCUUAGGUACCCAUUAUUGACUUCGUCGGACAGUGUGUCAAGUCAUGCAUCAUCGCUUUUAAUUUUUUUGAAAAAGCAGGUUGUUGGCUUAGAUACCGGCCCUAUUACUCAACAAAGUAGCGCAUUCUUCAGUCACUUACAUUUUGUACAGUUUUAACCACCGUUGCUAAUGACUUUUCUGUACCUAUUUUGUUUGCGAAUUUGCCCUGAAUAGAACCAGACUAGCGUAAGAUUACAAUUUCAGUGUACUUGUCUGUUCAGGCCUGGCUCAGCAAGGAGUUCCCUCAGGCGCGUAUUCUCGGUGUGAAUGCCAAUCUGAAGCCUUUUGUGUGGAAUCCAAUGUGUCCUGCAGAUCGAAUUAAGUGCGUUCCGUUCUACUUUCCUAUUAUUCGAAGUUUACCUCUGUGAUUGUGUUCAGAUAGUUAAAUCACGGACUGGAAGGCAUAUGAUCCUUGUCAGCUCUAUGAAUGAAAUUUCGCUCAGGGCCUUACUCCCAACGGCGAUUCUGCAGUCGCGUGAGCUGUGCUCUCCGCGCGUCAAUUGUGAGAUCGGUUCUACCGUCUUCUCCCUGUGUGCUUCGCAGAUAUUCGAGCCUGUAUUGUUUACUGACAACGUUCUUGGCCAAAAUACUAACCCGCAUAAUCAGGUGAUGGACUCCCAUCACACCACUUUUCACGGAUCCGACUACAUUUAUGGCUUUGGUUGUUACCAUUGUCUGUGAUAUCGAGUAAACAAUUGUCACAUAUUACAUGAAAUCCUGCAGUGUGUCUUCAGCUGAGUCUGCCAGUCUCGUUACUUGAUAAAUUAAUCACUCACUUUGUAAAAGGGCAAACAUUUCAUGUGAAUGCGAGCAGCCAGACCGGCAGCGAGCUCAGACGCCACCGAUCGACCGCUCAGCGUCCUUCCAGGACCCUGGCCAAUGAUGAUUACUGUUGAGCACAACGCGUGACCUACCGUAUUCCCUAGUUGCGCCUUUGAACGCGAAUAUCAGUGCUUGCAUGACCCACCAUGGUCUCGUUGGCUUGCGUGCGUUUUCAGUCCUAAUGGUUUAUUGUUUUCUUCUGUUAUUUCAGCCGCCGAAUUGACCAACGUGCGCAGGACAUCCUCCAACAGCUCGUUUUGGCCGGCGUCGGACAGCGUCCAAUAAUCUGGAUUUCACACUCUGCAGGAGGUGAGAGCUUCAGUCACGUACAUUUUAGUUCCUCUCCUCUUUGCAACCCUUCCGUUUUCCCUCAAGGAUUUCAUAGUCUUUUGCUUACACGCCUUGUGCAAUUGGUGCUGGUAUGGGACGUCAUCCAUUACAUUUCCAGUAUGUCUACAAUUGAUAGCAUGCUCUCCUGGGCACUAACUGACUAACUUGCCCAUUUACGAACUAGUUCGCCUCCUAUCCCUACCUCUAGGACGACCACUUUUUGUCUAUUUUUAAUGCAUAUCUUUCAGGGAUUUUGAAAUGCAUGAGCUCUGGUAAAUGGUCUAUGCUUGCCAACCGCUUGCUUUCGCCUUAGUCCUGACAGUUUGCUACCUGUUCGCAGGGCACCAGCGUUAUCGAACAUCGGAAUAAAACUUCCUUCUGUUAUUUUUCUUGUCAAAUCACCUACCUUAAAAUGCCUCUUUCCUGAUCGUGUAAAUUAAACGUCUCAUAAAGGCAUAACAUACCGCAUGCGGACGACAAAUAGGUUUUCUUCACCGUCUCUAAAAGAGUACAGAAUCGGUCUUGUGCUUCAGUCGACUGCUGCCGUCCACGUCAGGUAUAAACCGUACCUCACCUGUGUUAGAAUCUAAAUAAGGAAGCAGUGGCGUCUGGAUGUAUGAUCCCUCCCCCCUCGUUGAUGAUGGAAGAAGUUGAAAGUCCGUUGGGUGAAACCUUGUGCGGAUCAGUGCGCCCUGCUGUCGAGCCGUCUUGCACAGAUUUGCAAGUCUCCCCUUGAUGGCGCAAACAAGAUAGGUGCCGUGGUAAACUCCGGACACACAUUCAGCCGAUUAAGAGGGUUCCUUCUAGCCCAGUUCUUUAUUUGCCUCCUUCGUUCGACAAAAAACUACGGUACUGCAUUCUGAAGGUAAUACGCAAGAUUUUUUGAGUUAUGGCUCUUCAUAAUCUGUCAUUUACGCACCUAAUUAGAUGUUCCCUACUGUCGUCUUUUCUGAGCAUACCAAUUUUUGGACGACUAGAAUAAUCACAACGAACUUAACGCUUAAGAGCAGGUACAUUCCCACUGUUACACUUCCGGACACGACUGCAUAUCUCAUUAUCUCUGUGGCUGUCAAUGCUUCUCGUCACCUGAUCAUCGCCACCAUCGCUUCGUUGUAAAUAUGCUUCUUUCAUCACUCACAGGCAUUUUAACCAAGGAGCUUUUACGGAUAGCUGCCACAGGCGCGGACAACUUAUUAGCAUGCACCCAGCCCAAUCUCCCCUUGCGGCCAGCCUCCGAUCCCGACGGGCUCGCAUCAAACGCCAGCCCUCACAGCAGUACCCCUUGCUCCCGACAACCGCAGAAGUCCAUGCCCAUGUUGUAUACUGGACUCGCUACUGAGAAUCGACAGAUCAACUUUCACGAGGGCCCCAUUCCAACCAAGUCCUCCAUGCCCACGCAGAAUAACGCCUCUGACUACGCCGCCAGUGUUCAGAGUGAGGACGCGGUGACUACGAGUUCGCCACCGUCCGUGGUCAGCUCUGCGAAUCAGAUUUCAAAUAAUACCUGUGGAAUAGUCUUUCUUAGCACCCCCCAUAGAGGCAACUACUCCCUCAUGUUUC